AUGGGUGUCGAAUUUGCUGUAACGGAGGGCAAUGGGACUGUCUUUGCACAUGUGUACUUCGCAAAGUCUGGGUACUCGCCAGACCCAACAGAUCAGCUGUACGAGCGAUCCUCAACGUUUUCAAAGACCCACCCACUAGUUGCCUAUUAUCCUCGGCCUAAGGUGGACACACGGAAGCGGCUUCUGGGAGGGGGAUCAGAUGCGAAUGACACUGCUGGCGAGCCACCUCCACCAUCUUCCAAGGCAGCAGCAGAUAGUGAGGAGAAAGGUGACGCAACAGCAGUGGUACCAGAGGAAGUGGAGUGGAUUGGCUUCUGGAAGCCGAAUCUCACCAUUUCACUCAUUGACGACUUCACUGCGUAUCCUCGAACAGCGAUUCCUGAGAUUUUCCACAAACACAUGACGUUUGACGAGGGCACAGGCAACUACUUUCCCACGCUACACAUGAACGAGUUCUGGCUGCUGCGGGACAAGCUCCUCCAGCUCAACGCCACUGUAUCCGAGGUGCCGCUCUCAUUGGUCGUGGAGACGCUGCCGCUGUGGCGCUGGCAGAUCUACCUCUCCAUGGACCAGAGCUUCAAAAUCCAGCAGCAGUUCGGCACCGCCAUGGAGUCAGAGUCCGAUGAACUUAAGAUCUACCUCUCCAUGGACCAGAGCUUCAAGCUGCAGCAGCAGUUCGGCACCGCCAUGGAGUCAGAAUGUGACGAGCUCAAGCUCUUCAUCUUAUCUUCCUCUACCUGCUGCUUCCUUCCCAUCACCCCCGCUUCUUCCCCCCCCUUCCUUCUCCUCCCCUCUCUUCCUCCGCUCUCCUACUCCGCCCUUUCCUUCUUACCCUCCCCUUCGCCCCUCGCCUCCGCCCCACCCCAUGCCCCAGACAUUGCGUUUUGGAAUCAGAACAAGUCAAUGGAGGGGCUGUCCGCGCGCUCAGUGGUGAUCAACUUCGUGUGCCAGCUCAUCAUCUUCCUGUAUCUCCUUGACAACAACACGUCGUGGCUCAUCCUCAUCUCCUCCGCCAUCUCAUGCGGGAUUGAAUUCUGGAAGAUUGGCAAGGCCAUGCAUGUUGAGAUUGAUCGUUCAGGCACCAUUCCCUGGUUGAGGUUCAGGGACCGCGAGUCGUAUGCGCGCAACAAGACCAAGGAGUAUGACGCCCUCGCCAUGCGCUACUUCUCCUACGUGCUCUACCCACUCGUCGCCGGCUAUGCCGUGUACUCGCUCAUAUACGAGACGCACAAGAGCUGGUACUCCUGGGUGCUCAACUCCCUCACCGGCUGUGUCUACACCUUUGGGUUCAUCAUGAUGUGUCCGCAGCUGUUCAUCAACUACAAGCUCAAGUCGGUGGCACACCUGCCAUGGCGGCAGAUGACCUACAAGUUCCUCAACACCAUCGUGGAUGACCUCUUUGCCUUCGUUAUCAAGAUGCCCACGCUGCACCGCUUGUCUGUCUUCAGAGAUGGUGCGUGGAUUAGUGACUUCCCGUGA